AAGAAGAUGCAGAGCUUCCGAACAGUUAUCCGAUGGCCGUGAGGAGAAUGAAGUGUCUGGAACAACGUCUACUGAAACAACCAGCGCUAUUCGAGAACGUAUGUAGUCAGAUCGAGCAGUACCAGCAGAAAGGAUACGCGCAUCCAGCAACCGCUGAAGAAUUGGCCGAAACCGAACCGGGGAAAGUUUGGUAUCUGCCCCUUAACGUCGUGGUCAACCCUAGAAAGCCGGGCAAAGUACGGCUCGUCUGGGAUGCGGCAGCAAGUGUGAAUGGUACAUCCCUCAACUCCUUGCUUCUCACGGGACCCGAUCUACUGGUAUCAAUUUUGACGGUAUUUUGUAAAUUUCGUGAAAGGCCAAUUGCUUUCGGUGGUGACAUUCGCGAAAUGUACCAUCAGAUGCUGAUUCGACGCGCUGACAAAAGAGUACAGCGGUUUAUUUUUCGACAUGAUCCUAGGGACGAACCCUGUAUUUAUGUUAUGGACGUGGCUACCUUUGGGGCAAAAUGCUCUCCAUGCUCAGCCCAGUUCGUGAAGAACAUGAACGCAAUGGAGUUUGUAGUGGAAAAUCCUGAAGCCGUAGCAGCAAUCGUCGAGAAACAUUACGUUGACGACUACUUCGACAGCGUGGAUACCAUCGAAGAGGCGAUACAGCGUGCGAAGCAGGUGAGACUUAUCCAUGCAAAGGGGGGUUUCGAAAUACGCAAUUGGGUAUCCAAUUCGGAAAAAGUUCUCAGUUCUCUCGGGGAAUCAAAAGAAGUUCAAACUAUUCACUUCAACCAAGACAAAGAGACUGGAAAUGAGCGAGUUCUUGGUAUAAUUUGGAAUACAGUUCAAGACGUGUUCUCUUUUUCGACCGAACAUCGCGAAGAUUUGCAAGAGUAUUUGCGGGGCAGCAAGAAACCGACGAAGCGUAUCGUGUUGAGUUGCGUUAUGGGAUUUUUCGACCCACUGGGAUUAUUAUCAUGUUUUACCGUGCAUGGAAAAAUCCUGGUACAGGACUUGUGGCGAAAUGGCUGCGAAUGGGAUCAAGAAAUUGAUGAUGAAUGUUUGGUCAAAUGGCAGCAAUGGAUCGAGUUACUGCCAUUAGUGGAACAGAUUCGAAUUCCACGAUCAUAUUUUGGUCGAACUAGAUCAUCAGAAAUCGACAAACUCGAGCUACAUAUUUUCACCGACGCCAGUAUUCACGCGUAUGGGUGUGUAGCGUAUUUUCGUGCAUCUAUCGGCGAUGAAGUGAAAUGUUCAUUGGCGAUGUCUAGAUCGAAAGUAGCUCCUCUGAAGAUGCAAUCUAUUCCUCGGCUAGAACUCAUGGGAGCUGUCCUCGGGGCGAGAAUGUGGCAAACUAUUAAAGCCCACCAUUCACUGCCAAUCAAUCGUUGUUUUCUUUGGACUGAUUCGCAAACAGUCAUGAGUUGGCUGCGGUCUGAUCAGCGAAAAUAUAAACAAUUCGUUGCAUUCAGAGUCGGGGAGAUUUUGGAGACGACCGGAUCAUCCGACUGGCGUUGGAUUCCAUCCCGGUUGAACCUCGCUGAUGCGCUGACGAAAUGGGGACAAGGUCCACCGUUGAGUUCAGACGGAGAAUGGUUCAAGGGUGCAAGAUUUCUGUAUGAACCUGAAGAGUCGUGGCCAAACGAGCGACUACCAGUAACUAAUAUUGAGGAAGAAAUGAAAAUGCACUUUCUUCACCAUGAAACAAAGGAGUUUCCAGAACCCAUUAUCAACGUGGAAGUUACGUGGCGCUGGAUUAAGUUAUUGCGAAUCAUAGCUUGCGUAAUCAGAUUUAUCACUAAUAUUCGUCGGAAGGUAAAGGGACUUCCGAUACGUACGCUAAUGUCAAACAAGCAUCAGCAACGCAAACUACAUGUGAACCUCAACACAGUACAACAACCAUUGCAACAGGACGAGUUUAUGAAAGCGGAAGUAAUUUUGUGGAAACAGGCGCAAUUAGAGGUAUUUCCAAAUGAAGUAGUGAUACUGCUGGGAAAUGAAACAAUAAAAGGGGACCAGAAGCCAGCGCAGAUCGGGAAGAGAAGUCCAUUGUAUAAACUCACUCCGAUAUUAGACGAGUUCGGUGUGAUUAGAAUGAACGGUCGGAUGGCUAAAUCCAAGGAAAUUCCAUUUGACAUGAAGUUUCCGAUUAUUCUUCCAAAGGGACACGCAGUGACGAAACGAUUAAUCCAAUAUUACCACGAAAAGUUUGGACAUGCGAAUCGGGAAACGGUGUUGAAUGAGCUUCGUCAAAAAUUCCAUAUUCCGAAGAUGCGAAUGGAAAUUCAACGAGUUAUGAAAGAUUGUAUCUGGUGUAAAGUAAAUCGGUGUUAUGCUGAGGUUCCUAUGAUGGCACCACUUCCGAUUCAACGAAUUACCCAACCUACAAGACCGUUUAGUGCAGUGGGUGUAGACUAUCUGGGACCUGUUGAAGUUACGGUUGGUCGCAGAAGAGAAAAACGGUGGAUUGCAUUGUUCACGUGCCUUGCCGUACGAGCAGUGCACCUGGACGUGGUACACACACUUACGACACAAGCUUGUUUAAUGGCAAUUCGAAGAUUCAUUUGCAAACGAGGUGUUCCCGAUGAAAUCUUCUCCGAUAAUGGGACAAAUUUUAAAGGAGCCAGCAAAGAGUUGAUUUUAUGGAUGAAGAGGGUGAAUUACGAAUGUGCAGAUUCGGUAGUUAAUAGUUCAAUAAAAUGGAAUUUCAAUCCUCCUGGUACACCGCAUAUGGGAGGUAUCUGGGAGAGAAUGGUUCGAUCAGUGAAGGAGGCGAUGAAGGCACUCGACGAUGGUAGACGGUUAACGGACGAAAUUUUGUUGACCACUCUUGCAGAAGCAGAAGAUAUGGUGAAUAGUCGACCACUUACAUAUGUAUCUCAGGAAUCAGCUUCUGAAACGAUUACUCCGAAUCAUUUCCUUAGAGGGACGACCAAAUCAGUGGAUCGUCAUGUAGACGGAUCGGUGGACUUCGCAGAAGCAUUGCGCGAUACGUACAAACGUUCGCAGUAUUUGGCGGACCAGAUGUGGCAACGCUGGUACAAGGAGUAUCUACCUACAAUCAAUAAACGCACCAAAUGGUUCUCUGAAAGAAGAUCGUUAAAGAAAGGAGAUCUGGUGUUUGUGGUAGAUGGUCAGCACCGAAAAAGCUGGAUCAGAGGAAUAGUCGAGGAAACAAUCAUAGGGUCUGAUGGUAGAGUUCGACAGGCAGAUGUGCGAACAAGUAAUGGUUUAUUCCGGCGCGGAGUAGCCAACCUUGCAGUGCUAGAAAUUGGUGGUAAAUCCGGACAACGAUGAAGUGUUACCGGAGUUACGGGCGGGGGGUGUUGGCAACACUGUGCAUUAACGGUGCUCGCAACCGGCCUGCCAUGAAAUUAGUUACGCAAAUAAUGAGACAUGCGACGCCGGUCUACAGUGGUAGUACCGUCGUUGAAUGUUUAUGCCCAAUAGGAAUGAGAAUCAAAACAAAAGAACAAAUUAGAGGUUGAUGAAAGUUGAUUUAAAAGAAAAAAAAUAAGUUUGGCAUAAAAUAGUUAGCACGAAAAAUAUAUUGAAGAAAAAGUUUAUUUAGGAACUAGAGAAUCAUUACGAUAUACGGUAGACUAAAUGAAUUUAGUUGAGUCAUUUUUCUCUAUUUUAAUACUGUUUAUUAUUUCAAAACAUCAAAUUAGGUUUGCGAAAAAGAAAUCAGUGGUCCUUUAAACGGCAAAAAUUUCUAAACUAGUACUAGUACUACUAGAUAGAUAAUCAUUUGUGGACGAGAAAUAUCUGCAAAAUUCCACGACACACGUUGUACGAGGUGGAAGAAAACUAUUAAUUGUAAGUUGUAUAUCAUUUAAUGUAAUUGCACUAUUUACCGGAACUAUUAAAUUGCAGUUUGAGCUGCCUUGAAG